GGGGAGGACUGACCCUAGAUAUUUGGGGUUUCCCCCCAUUUCCCCAUACGCUCUUCUUCCCGAUGCUUCUGGGGGACAGGAGAGCUGUGCUGGUGAGUGUUCCCCCCCAUCACUGUCCUUUCCCGGUGCCCACCUGGUGCCACGGUGCCCAGCAGUCACGCUGCUCCCCUCCUCCCCAGCCCUGGGGCGGGGUGACGGGUACCACCAGUGCUGCAAGAUGGUGGAGUUGGAGGAACAAGGUGACGGGACCCUCAGCCCUGACUUGCCCCGGCACUGCCUGGAGCUGGGGUGCUCCAGCAGCUCUGCUUGCGCCUGCCUGCGGGAGCACCGGCUCAGGUAGCAGGCAGGGAUGGCUGUGGUGGGGUUUGGGGGCUCAGUCCCCACAUCCACUGGUCCCACAGCCCUCCUGCCCUGCAGGAUGCUGCAGUCAGGGGGGCCAGUACUUCGCAGUGGGCUGGCUGGGCUGAAGGUGCUGCUCCUGAAAAUCAGCAGGGCUGUCACCCACGAUGUCCUCAUCACCUUUUCCCCCUCUCAGGGCCCUAGGAUGCCGAACAUGACAGAGAAGGGGAAAGCAGGCAGAAACCAGCUCCCCAGGGAGAUAUUCUGGUCCCUGAGCAGCCAGACAGCAUGUGUGGUGGUGAGAGUCCUCAACAUCCAGCAGCUUGGCAUGUUCAAGGAGGUCAACCAGACAGGGCAGGUCCUGGACAACACUCUGGUGGGCAUCACGGUGGGAGAGACAAGAAUCUCUGGGCUGCAGGACCCUGUGCAGCUCGCCUUCGCCCGUGGGCAGCUGGCGCAGGGUGUCACCCCACAAUGCGUAUUCUGGGAUCCCAGCAAAGGGCAGGCAGGAGGCUGGAGCGGCAGAGGAUGUGUCACACAGCCCAGGGACAAGGAGACAGUCUGCUCCUGCGACCAUCUCACCUUCUUCACCCUUCUCCUGAAUCCAGCUCUGGACAGGCCCACGGCACAAGCCUUGAUGGCUGCUGGCUGCAGGGUAGCCAUGGCUUUCUCCAUCUUCACCAUCACCUUCUGCAUCUAAGGUAGGAUGUGCCAGUUCAGGUCCAAGGAGACCCUCCACAUCAACUUGGGGCUGCACGCAAACCUCAUUGGCAGCCUGCUCCUCCUCAACCUGGCCUUCCUGCUCAACAGCGGAGUCUCCAGUGGGAUCCAGACAGGGACCUGCAAGGUCCUAGGAGGGCUCACCCACUACUGCCUGCUCUGCUGCUUCACCUAGAUGGUGCUGGAGGGCUGUCACCUCUACCUCCUCUUCGUCAAGGUCUUCGCAACGUACAUCCACUACUACCUGGCGAAGCUGUGCCUGGUGAGAAUCACCAGCCCGGUCAGGUUGAGGGGAGGAUGGGGCUUCCCUGCUCUUGUGGUGGGGGUGGCAGGAGCCAUCGACAGCUACGGAGAAUACAACAUCCAGACCAUGGACCACCAGGUCAUAGCCCAGCUGUGCUGGAUCACUUCCAAACAUCUCCUGGUCCACUACAUCACCAACUGUGGCUACUUCAGCCUCAUCUUUCUCUUCAACAUGGCUGUCUUCGGGGUGGUGAUCCAGAAGAGCUGCUGCCUGCAGGGCAUGAGGGCAGCGCAGAGAGACCGCAAGGCCUGGAAGGUGGCUCUGCUGGCAGUGGGGCUCUCCUGCUUGCUGGGAGCCACCUGGGCCCUGGCAUUCCUCACCCAUGGCACCUCCUCUGCGCCCAUGCUCUACCUCUUCACCAUCCUCAACUCUCUCCAAGGAAUCAUCAUAUUCAUCUGGCUGGUCAUCCUCUACUACCUGAAGACAAAGGAGACCACUGGCUGCCUCUCCCACAUCAUGACACAAAACGACAAAACUGCCACAGUGUCCCAGGACUAG